AUGGUGACCGCCUGCCCUCCCGCCUCCCAGGGCCCCAUUUCCGGCUCCCACGCCCCCUUCGCUGCAGGCCCCGCUCACAACGCCCCGAGGCGCCGGCCCGCGUGUCCCACUGACAGAGCCCCUUACCCGGCUCACACGCCCCCCGCCCCCCUCCCCGGGCCUCCCGCCACGCGCCGGCCCGGUUCGCCGCUCACACGCUGCCUGCUCACGCUCCCCGCUCACACGCGCCCCUCUCCCCGCCCCGCGCCAGCGAAGUUCGCCGCUCACACGCUGCCGGCUCACGCUCCACGCUCACACGCGCCCCUCUCCCCGCUCCCCGCCGACCCGGGUCCCGCUCACACGCUGCCGGCUCACGCUCCACGCUCACACGCGCCCCUCUCCCCGCCCCGCGCCAGCCAAGUUCGCCGCUCACACGCUGCCGGCUCACGCUCCCCGCUCACACGCACCCCUCUCCCCGCCGACCCGGGUCCCGGUCUCACGCUGCCGGCUCACGCUCCCCGCUCACACGCGCCCCUCUCCCCGCCGACCCGGGUCCCGGUCUCACGCUGCCGGCUCACGCUCCCCGCUCACACGCGCCCCUCUCCCCGCUCCCCGCCGGCCCGGCUCGUCGCUCACACGCUGCCGGCUCACGCUCCCCGCUCACACGCGCCCCUCUCCCCGCCGACCCGGGUCCCGGUCACACGCUGCCGGCUCACGCUCCCCCCUCACACGCGCCCCUCUCCCCGCCGACCCGGCUCCCGCUCACACGCGCCCCUCUCCCCACAUCCUGCCGUGCGCCAGGACGCGCUCCCCGCUCUCACGACCGCCAACGCCGGCACGCGCUCCCCGGCCGCACGCCCCACGCGCAGGCGCACGUCAGGCUCGCCGCCCACACAACCCCCGCCCCCAGGCGCCGGCCGGUGCUCGCCGCUCACACGCAGCCGGCUCACGCUGCCUGCUCACACGCACCCCUCUUCCCGCUCCCCGCCGGCCCGGCUCCCGCUCACACGCGCCCCUCCGGCCGCUCCCCGCCGGCCCGGCUCGCCGCUCACACGCCGCCCUCGCCGCAGUGCGCGGGCAGCGCUCUCCGCUCUCACGACCCCCGACGCCGGCACGCGCUCCCCGGCCGCACGCCCCCCGCGCAGGCGCACUCGCGGCUCGCCGCCCACACAACCCGCGCCCCCAGGAUCGGCGAGCGUGCUCGCCGCUCACACGCCUCCCGCGCGCCGCGGACGCUCUCAGAGGCCCGGCCUAAGUUCCCCGCCUGGCGCCUGCGCCAGGGUCUGCGAGAAGGCCCUGGAGCCGCCCCGCGCGGCCGAGGGAAGGCGGCCUGAGGCGGGGCGCCGUGAGGGCGGAGGCGAGCGGGCGGCUCCCGGGCCGCUGCUCCGGGGCCGCGCAGCCGCGAGCGGGCUGGCGGGGGCGCCUGUGGCUCCACUCCGUGGCUGUGGGCAGGUCGGUUUCGGCAGCUUCCCGCGCGCGGGCGUCGCCGCCACCGCCUCUGCGCCCCGCGCUGCCCGCCGUCCUCGAAGCCUCUGUGCGCGCCGGCUCCGGUGGGCGUCUCGCCCCGGUGACGCGCGGAGAGACCAGGAGAUGGGAUGCUGGAGCUCAGGUGAGAGUGACACCGGGGAGGUGGGGACAGGGUAG